CGACUGACGUUGGGCAACAAAGAUGGCGGCGGGAACCAGCAAUUACUGGGAAGAUCUCAGGAAACAAGCUCGACAGCUGGAAAAUGAACUUGACCUGAAACUAGUUUCCUUCAGCAAACUGUGCACGAGUUACAGUCACAGCAGUGCCCGGGACGGAGGACGCGAUAGGUAUAGUUCAGACACAACGCCCCUCUUAAAUGGAUCAAGUCAAGACAGAAUGUUUGAGACGAUGGCAAUUGAAAUUGAACAGCUUUUGGCAAGACUUACCGGGGUAAACGAUAAAAUGGCAGAAUAUACCAACAGCGCAGGGGUCCCCUCGUUGAACGCAGCACUGAUGCAUACGUUGCAGCGACAUAGAGACAUUCUACAGGAUUAUACACAUGAAUUCCAUAAAACCAAAGCAAACUUUAUGGCGGUACGGGAAAGGGAGAAUCUGAUGGGAUCAGUACGAAAAGACAUUGAAUCAUAUAAAAGUGGGUCUGGAGUAAACAACAGGAGAACUGAACUGUUUCUGAAAGAACAUGACCACCUUCGAAACUCUGAUCGUCUGAUAGAAGAAACAAUAAGCAUUGCUAUGGCAACGAAAGAAAAUAUGACUUCUCAGAGAGGAAUGCUCAAGUCCAUUCACAGCAAAAUGAACACUUUGGCCAACCGUUUUCCUGCUGUGAACAGCCUGAUACAAAGGAUCAACCUUAGGAAGCGACGUGACUCACUCAUCCUUGGAGGGGUCAUCGGCAUCUGUACCAUUCUGUUGCUGCUGUAUGCAUUCCACUGAGAGGAUGGCCCUAGGACUCUGCCCACCGCCUUCAUGCCCUGAUCGGGAGUGGGGAAAUGAGGAAGGAGGAAGACUGCCCUGGCCAUAAGCCUGCCAGCCAGACGAACUCUAAAACUGCAUCCAUGACUCGGACCUGGUCAGACUGAGCUAAAGCCAGUUUUUCUGUGCUAUCUUUUCUAAUGCACAUUACUGUUUUUAAUUUUAAAAACAACAACAAAAGGCUUUCAGUUGCUUGUGUUUCCCUGGAGGUAAGCAGGCAGAAGCCAAGAACCUGGGCUUCAGUGACUGGGGAGGCCUGAUGGCCAGUGGGCCUCAUCGCUGGCCUCCUCACACUGCCAGGCUCUCCACAUCCAAAGAUGGCUUUGCCUUCAGCCGUGAGACUGGAUGUGAAUAAGAAUAAUUCUUGUCCUUUUAUUUAACACUUGUGAUGGGAAAUCAGCUGUCCUCUGCUGAUACUCUGUGAUCUAGAUUCUACUCUGUGACCCUCACUCUUGGCAGUCAAGAAAAAUUCCAUUUUGCACCAAUUCUGUAGGAUGCCAAUGCUCAGCUUCAUCAUUGAGUUGUCUGAAAUGGAGAGCGCGGUAGAAAGGGUAUGUCUUUUCUGUUUCAGUCGUGAGCACCGCGUCAGCCGGAGCUGGAGACACAUCAAGAGUGCAGGCCUGGCACUGAGGAGCUGGUUAUUGCUUGUUAGUUCUUCCAUUGGGUUAAUAUUUGCUUCGAUACGAGAAAAUCGCAUUUCAGCUCUGACAGACAACAGCCAGUGUCUGUCAUUACCCCUAGUGGCCCCUUGUCAUGUGAAGAUCAAUACUAGGAACCAGGGGAGGGAACUGUGGCUCUCAGUGCACAUGAGCCACACGUGGAAACUCAUCAAGGAGUGGCUGUCCGUGUCAUUCCAUCUGACGGGUUCAUUCCAUCUGACCGCGUUCUACAGCCUGGAGCAAACCUGAUUCCCAGGCACACCUCCCUGUAAGGAUCUAUUCACUCCUCAUCCCUUAGGCUCCUCUGCAUCCCCAGGCCGUGGUCUCGUUGUUGAUGGUGCCUGUGAUGCCUGUCCGCACCUAUUUAUUGCUGUGGACAGUGACCGAGAUGUAAAUGCUUUUUAAGGUUAGCCAUUCUCAGCAUCUGAAAUUGGUAACUUGUCUUACUAAACUAGCAGAUAUUUUAAAGGUCUCCAACAUCUGUAUCCACCAAGAGAGAAGGCUGCGAGCCCCCACUAGAAUAUCCUCUGGCACCACAGGCAAUGAGAAGGAAGAUAUCAGGGCGUAGCCUUCACCACCUCAUGGUGUGGGAGUGGUGCCUCUGGGCAGACUUGAUUACUUAGUGCUCAUGGAUGUCUGACAUCUGAUUUGGGACUGACUGAGAGGAGAGGUUUGUCAUUCUGGUGUCAAAGUGUUAGUACAUUCUGGGUAUGAAAGGCAUUUGAUAUAUUUUUCUUAAUUAUGGGGUUUAUUUUUCUAAAUAUGGGUUAAUCAGCUUGUUGACUAGGCAUGCCCUUAAAAGGAAAUUAAAUUUCCCACUGUGGACCUUAAAGAAUCAGGGAAGUUUGUUUGCUAAAUUCUCUUUGGGAGAACAGAAGUUCUCUUCCCUGACACUUCAUUAUUUUUGAUUUUUUUUUCAAAGGGCCCCAGUUGGUGGUUGUGCCUCAGCUAGACUUUAUGGGACUUUGGUUGUUAUAUAGUGGGCAUACAUAAAACUUGAAGUAUCCUAAAUAAAGUUAUUUAUUUAAAUAUACUGCCAGUCUUUUCUACUGGUUUGAUUACAUGGUUCAUCCACUAAAACUGCUGAAGGAGAGUAAGUAAGCUAGGACGAGGCCUGGUGCCAUGAGCACAGCACAGCACGCAGGUGGCAGUGGCUGCUCCAGGAUGCUGUGCGCAGGUGAGAGGAUGAAUUAUGUGUCUGUUUCUUCUGAAAGUAAAUCAGUUCUUCCAAGGACACUGCCGGGAACACUCACUGUGGAUGCUGGAGUCUGUGGUCGCUGGGGUCCAGAGUCUCUGACUGGCCUCCAGGUGUGGUGUCCCUGAGGGAGAGGCUGCUCCUUCCCUUCCGGUCCCGCUCUUUACAGGACUCUGUGGUUACCGAAUGGAACUUCAGUUUUAUGAUGUUGAAAUUUUUUUUAAGUUGUCUUUGUUCCCCCCUGUGGGCUAUCCUUACUUACCCAGUUUUCAGGCUGUUAAGUUCUGGUCAGAGCCUGAGGUUAGAGGGUUUUUGUUUUAUAAUCCCAAUGAAGUGUUGCUUCUAAGGAAAGAUUUGUUCUUUUUUUUUAACAUAAUACUUUUUUAAAAAAUAUUUUUAGUAACCAUUCAAAACUUCCCACUUCACUAAAAGAUAUGAAAAAUGGAAACAAGCAGCAGAAAAUUUCAAGUGUAUGUUUGUCUGGACAGUAGCUCACUGUUUAGCCCUCCCUGGCCUUUAACUCCUGCCUCGGCCUCCUGAGACCCUUGAACUAUUGCUAUCUGAUGCGCACCACCACACCUGGCCCAGCAGUACUUUUCCACAGUUCCGUCUUGCUGUGUCCAGUGACUUAGUAAAGCUACUCGGUCAGUUGUUACUGAGAUCCACAGUGUGGUGGCUGUCCUGCAGUCCCUGGACUUGAGUGAUGCCCAAGGAGUCUCUGCCACCUGCAUUAGUCACCUUUGAUUUUCCCUUCCCCUUGCUACCAAAUCUACUUUUAUUGAGAAUGUCUUUUCCUUUCUUCCGGUACUCAGAUCAAAUGUAGGAAUCUUAGAAGUUAAGAAUGGAGACAGGUAAGGAAAGAGCUACCACGAGGAUGCUUUUGUACCUAGAAUCAGAUACUUACCUGGGCACUUCCAUGUUGGGUGUGGACUGUGAGUGGAAAUGCUCCCUGAUCCCCUGAUGCAGUGAUCUGGGACCAUGGAGUUGAGGGACCUUGAUCUUCACUCCCGCCAUUACUACCCUGUGUCAUUGCUGAUGUUUGGAACCCAAGGGAGUGGCAUUUAAGAAUGGGUCUAACCAUUCUGUCUUCUGUCAUUAACUAGAUAAGAGUUUUGGAAAUUCACUGAGUUUUCGAACCUGUAGUAUUAAGUUGUUGGGAUAAAUGGCUGUGCCCAAGCCAUUUGUGGCAAAGGUGGCAGAGCAAACACACCUACUCACAUGACUGAGUGUUCUCUGUUCUCCAUUUAUAGUAGGGUCUCCAAAAGAGUGGAGAACUUCCCACUGUGGUCCCAAAUUUGGCUGUUCAUUCCUAUGUGUGCCUGCAUGCCCCCUUGGGGAAUCAGGGACAAGAGCGGGGUCUAAGCAUGGUGUCAGGCGAGAAGUAGAGAAGCCGAGCCAUGGCUUUAAGGGUCUUUCUCUGUCUGUCUCUCCUCUUUUUUCCUUUUGGUAUCUGAUCUAAAAUCAUAGUACCAGAAUAUUUGUGUCACACCCUAGUAGCUCUUAGAGAUGGGAGCAGAAUCGGUUCUGAUCACACUUUAUUCUCAUGGGAUACAGUCUUCAUGGAAAAUGCCAAUACCGAGUUUUUUAAUCUAUUUUUUCCAGAUGCACUUUCUAAUGUUUUGCUUUUAAAAUGGCUUCUUGGAACCAAUAUUAUUGUAUUUGUACUUAAUUUUUGUUCUCAUCUAAAUGUGCAUUUUCUGACUGUAUAGAAGAAACUUUGUUAUAUAAUUUAAUAAAUUAAAUAUCUAAAUAU